AUUUAAGGGAAGCAUGUGUUGGUUAAGCUGUCAUUGCGCCAAAAAGCAAGAGACAUCAAGAGGAGAAAAGCAGGAGAAAAAGAUUACAACAAAUAUUUUCAAAUUUGUACCCGAAGCUUUUUGGUCUCACACCCACCUUUUGAUUUGGUUUAGACUUUAGAUCUGUCCAUUUUUGUGUAAUUAUCUCUCUUCAAUUUUCCCACCUUCAAACUUAAAAAAACUAGUCAGACUGUCAGUCAAGUCCCACUUUCUUACCACUUCCAAAUUCCCCCCUUCAACUUCUAAGCUUGCUUGAUUCUCAUGAUUCAUCAUCAUCUUUGUAUCAUAAUCAAUUAACUGAAUAUUUCAGCUCAGUUUUGUUAAAAUUUUUGAAGAAAUGGGUGGUGAUGAAUUGAAAGUUGGUGUUCGAAUCAGGAAGCUUGUGAUCAAAACAACCAAACUUUGUUAUAGAUCAGUUCACAAUCAUCCUCUUGCUGUGGGUAUUUUGCUGUUCUUGUUGAUUUUGUAUAGAUCAUCUCCUUUUUUGUUUUCUUUAUUAGUGUCUGCAUCACCUGUACUUGUUUGUACUGCUGUUUUACUUGGAACCCUUUUGAGUUUUGGUGAUCCAAAUAUUGCUCUUCCCGUAGAGGAAGAAGAGAAAGAUGAGAAAGUAUGGGGGUUGAAAACGAGUCGGGUUGAGAACCCUUUAGUUGUUGAGGAACAUGAACUUUUGGGUAGUAGAUUUAGUAAAUUUGACGAAUCAAGGAGAGAAAUCGACAAUUUGAUUGAUGAAGAGCCUUUGCAAGAUAAUUUUGGUAAGAUAGAUAAUUCCUCGGAGAAAGAUCAUGUUGAUAUUGCUUUUAGUUCAAUGCAUAAUGAUCAUUUGUCAAGGGAGGUGAGAUUUGAGAAACAAGGGUUUGAAGAAGCAAAGAGAGAGGUCGAGAAUAACGAGGAUAAGGAUAAAGAGAUCAAAAAUACGGAAAUUGAGCAAGUUGUUUACUUGGGUGAUCAAUUGAUUCAAACGAGGGAUGAAGUUGAUUUGAGCGACGGAGGAUCUUUUCAAACUAGGGUUUCUACUGCUGAAGAUGUCCAGGCUGGGCACUUUGAGGAUUUUAUGUCUUUAGAAUCGAGGAAGGGAUUUUAUGAAGUGCGAUGUGAUAGUUUAUCUACCAUCCAAGAUGUUCAGCAUGAGAGUUUGGAGGAUUAUAUAUCUGCGGAAGGAUCACUAGAUGGUCAAGUGAUGGAUCAAUUAGAACCUUCGUUGGCGUCAUGGAAACAAUUUGAUGAACUUGAUGAUGGGUUAUCUCCUACUCGGGAUGUUCAAGAUGAGCGAUUUCAGAAUCAAAAUUUAGUGGAAGAAUCAUAUGAGGGUCAGAUGCGGGAUCACUUGGAUUCAUCAUUGAGAUCAUGGGAAAGGUUCGGUUCUGAUCACGAUGAGUAUGAUCAAUCUGACUCUGGGUCUGAUGGUGCCGAGAGUUCCUCUCCUGAUGCUUCAAUGACGGACAUUAUCCCCAUGCUUCAUGAGCUUGAUCCACUUUUGGAAGAUGAGAUUCCGAUGGUUAGUGACCUUUCGCGUCAAAAUUCUGCUGUGAAAUCACAUGGUAGCAGCAUUCACUCGGAUGAUGCAAGUGAUCAAAAGGAGGAUGAAGGUGAUGAUGGUAAAAGUGAAGCUGAAGACGACAAUGAAGAUGAUUCUCAAAGUGCUAAAGACGAACCUGAGAAGUCUGCGAUCAUGUGGACCGAAGAUGAUCAGAAGAAUCUUAUGGAUUUAGGAACAUCUGAAAUGGAAAGGAACCAGCGCCUGGAGAGCCUUAUUGCGAGGAGAAGAGCAAGGAAGAUGGCUGGUGAUAAGAAUUUGAUGGACUUGGAUGGGAUGGAUCUUCCUUUUCCGGUUGCUCCUAUUUCAACGAGAAAAAAUAACCCUUUUGAUUUUCCUCACGACUCUUAUGAUGACUUGGGUUUACCACCGAUUCCUGGCUCAGCACCGUCUGUUAUGUUGAAAAGACGAAAUCCUUUCGAUCUCCCAUAUGACUCGAGUGAAGAGAAGCCCGAUCUGACGGGAGAUAGUUUCCAACAGGAAUUCAUGGAGCUAAAUCAGAGAGAGGCAUAUAACCCGAGGGAGGCUUUAUUUCGAAGAAAUGAAACAUUUAAUUUGGGGUCUUCUGCUUUUGAUUUUGGAAGGCCGAGUCGCUUCAGACCUUAUUUUAUCCCUGAAAGGACAGAUUCUGAUGGGAUGAGCUAUUCUUCUCUUUCAAGACAGUUUAGUGAGCUUAGUGAGUCCAAGGCAAGUUCAGCUGGUGAAACAGAAUCAACUUUUGUCGGACUAGACCCAGAAGAAAAGAAGUUAGUAGAACACGACUCUCCACUAGAAAUUGAACCCAAUUCGGAGAUUGAUCAAGCUUCUCUUCUUGUAGAGCAUGGAAGCCAAUCUUGUGAUGAUUUGGAUUCAUUGUCAGACAACGAUAAGAAUAAGACAGAUUCUAUUCAGAGUCUGCCUGAAGUUGAGUUGGGUGGAGCUAUAUGUCAAAAUGAAGAUGGCACUAACAUCCAAUUGACACCAAAAUUACUUGAAGUUGAAGAUGUCAGUAGCUGCUCGGUGAACGGGGAGCAAAGCCAAAUCAACGAUGGAUUAAAUGUUGAGGUUCCUGUGAAGUAUUCUCUGGAGCUGUCGGUAUCUGAUGUAACGACUGGGCAAUCACUAGAGGCAUUAGACCACAGUGCGACUGUGGCGGCGCCCAAUUAUCCAAUGGAACCUAUCUAUGAUCUCAGCCCUCUCAAGAACUUCCAAUCUUUAUCCUCGUCUUCUUCUGAUAUCCAGAGAGAGACAUCAGGUAUUGAUAUCUACCAUUUAACAAGGUAUUUAUUUGUGGCUGAAGAAACUUCUGUUCACAAUAAAGAUGCUGAGACUAUUUAUCAGCACAAAGAGCAAGAUGGAGAUGGGAAUGGUUCACGAUUGAAUGAUUUUAGGGAAGGUAGUGGGCUUGAUAGCACUGAGUUCUCAAAGCUCAAUCAACUCCCUGAUAAUUCACUAGCAUCAAUUGUGGACAAAGAUGCGGGUUAUCUAAGUAAAGAUUUACCAGAGAGAAGGUUUGAGGAUAAUUUAUCGAUAUCGAACGACAAGGUUUCUCUUGGUGAAGUUGAUGAUAGCAGUUCAGAUGAUACUAUUUCAUCUGGUGGACUCGAGUUUUUGGAAGAAUCUGUUUUAAUUCAAGAGAGAAAUGAAGUUGAUGUCUCAUCAGAAAAUGCUUUACCUGGCAAGUCUCUGGCGUCAUAUUCAACAGGUGCACUAAAGGAAGAGUUUGGUGCGGAGAUGGAAGUAAAUCAGCAGUCUAAGGUAUCCAGUUUGCAGAGUCAUGAAGACGAAAAAGAAAUCUCGAAUACACUGGAUGAAAAUCUUUUUCUUUCACAUGAUUACAACAUUGAUGAAAACAGUGCUGACUCUUCAGAGCAGGAACCAUCCAUUGUCCAAAGGGAGCUUGAAAAGUUAAAUGAAUUAAACAAAGUUGAUGAAUCUGUAAAUGUUCUCCAAGUUCAAAUCCCUCAACAUGAUAACACGUCGGAUUCAUUUCAAACCUCUGUAUCUUCCUCCCAGCCUGAUGAAUUGGUUACAAUACCAAUACUGGAGAUGACUAUUGAGAAUCAUGCUCAAGAAUUAUCUGAAACCAUCCAUGCAUGCACACCUGAGGAAAACACCAAUAUUUCAGAAGAUUUCAGAGGAUUAAUAGCUGAUGAGCUCGUUAUACAUGAUAAGACCGGUGAUGUCGAGGAGAUGGACGAAACAUUGCUUUCUGAGCUUGAUGCAGUUGGUGACUUCGGUGCGCCAAUCAUGGUACCAACCUCGGAGGACAGUGAUACUCCUGUUGAAGUUAUAGAUCAAGUCUAUUCAAAUAAUAAGUCUCACACUGAAACUAUUGUGUCGGAGACUGGUGAGUCAAGCAUAGAUUCUUUGGCCGGAGAUGUCAGUACUGACUUUCUAGUCUCGGAAGCUCAGUCUGUUUCAUAUAUUGAUGCUGCUUUCAAGAGAGUGAGCGAAGAACUUCGAAACUCAGCGGCUUCUAAAUCUUUUCUUGCGGAAUCAUCAGGAAAUGAAGUAGCAAAUCCUAUUCCAGAAAGAGAGUUGAUGUCUGAAGAAGAUACAGAACCCGAUAAAAUACAACCUGAUCUUGAUUCCAGCAUGAGAAGCAUUCAUACUGGAAUGCCAGUUUGGGAUGCUAUGAUUUUUGAACAGUCAGGUGAAGAUGUUGAGCGAGUUGCUGAAGAUGAUACUUCUGAUGUCAUUAAAUCCACAGUACAGGAUAUAGAACAAAAGAGCUGUGCCUCUGAAGAUACAGAACAAGAUAAAAAGCAUCCUGAUCUCGCGUUUUUGAAAGAACAAAAUCUUUAUUCUGACACGAGAGAGAUUGGUUCUGGAAUGCAAGUCCAUGACACCAUGUUCAUUGAACAGUCUGGUGAAGAUGUCGAAAACAUUGCAGAAGAAGACGAUAGUUCUGGUGUUAAAUCUUUUAAUGCUGAAUCUACAAGAAAGGAUGUAGAAGUUCCUAUUCCGGAAACAGAGUCAAUGUUAGAAGAAGAUACAGAACAAGAGAAGCAUGACUUUGAAGAUACAGAACCGGAAAUGAUUCAAACUGACCAUGAUUUAUUGGAAGGACAGAAUCUUGUUGAGAAAGUUGUCGAAGAUGAUACUUCUGAUGUCAUUGAAUGUUUUCAUGCUGAAUCCAUAGGAAAGAAAGUAGAAGUUCCCAUUCCGGAAUUUGAGUCAAUGUCAAAAGAAGGUACUGAACAGGAGAGGUGUGUCUCUGAACAUAAACCGGAAGAAUUACAACCUGAGCUUGAUAUAUCGGAGGGAAGUAAUCUUAUCAGGAGAGAGAUUGACGCUGAAAUGCUGGUCCUGGACUCCAUGAUCAACGGUGAAGAUGUUGAGAAAUCGGCUGAAGAAGAUGAUACUUCUGAUGUUUCUGAAUCUUUUCAUGUUGAUUCCACAGGAAAGGAAGUAGAAGUUCAUAUUCCGGAAAGAGAGUCAAUGAUGGAAGAAGAUACAGAACCGGAAAGAAUACAACCUGUCCGUGAUUUGUUGGAAGGACAUAAUCUUGACUUGAACAGGAGAGAGAUUGAUUCUGAAAUGAAGGUCAUGGGCACUGUGAUCAUUGAACAGUCCGGUGAGAACGCAGCUGAAGAAGAUGAUACUUCUGAUGUCGUCGAAGCUCUAAAUACUGUACCUGAAACUGGAAUAGAUAAUGUGAAAAUUUUGCCAUUAAUAGAUGAAGAGAAGAAAGAAUUGGAUGAAUCGCCUCUAGUUGAAGAAUGCACUUUAGCUCAUACACCUAGAGACGAAACUGAAAGUGUCGGUUGUAUCGACUUUGAUUCAUCUCGUGUAGAUAGAGACAUUAAAGGUACACAGGAAUCCUUGAAACUUGAUGCAGAAACUCCACUUCCUCUUGAGUCCGAGUAUGGUGAAGAGAUGCUUGAAGUUCCUGCUCAUGCUGCUAGUAUUGAACAUGCUGUUAAAUCUGAAUAUGAAACUGAAAGAAAUGCUUCUGAUUCAUCUCCAUUGGUUGAAAAUGAAGCAACACAAGAAUUGGAGUCAGAGUCUGAAGAUCAACAAAGAGAACUAAUUGAGUCAUCAGAGCGGCUUGAGCAGGAUAUUAAUGUUCCUGGGGUACAGAAAUCUCCUGUUCCUGAAGCAAGUGUUGAAAAGGAAAAAGUUCAGUUGUUGGAAUCCGAUUCAUUGAAAGUGGAUGAAGAGAGUGAAAUGGUUGAAGCAAGUAUUGCAUCUUCGCUUGACGUUGAGGAGAACGUGGUUGGAUCUUCAAAAUCUGAGCCAUUGAUAAUGCAUGAUGAGAGUGAAAAAAUUCAAGAUCCAAAUACUUUACAAGCUGGAUCUUUGGAAUCUGAAGAAAAGGAAAUAGCUGGAUGUUUGGAAUCUGAGCCAGAGCUAUUGGAUGGAAAGAGCGAAAAGAUUCGAUAUUCUCCUAUCGUCAGAGCUAGUGUUGCAUCUUCUCCUGAGCUUGAAGAGGAAAAAAUAGUGGCUGGAUCUUUGGAAUCCGAGCGUUUGCAGGAAGACUCACUUGUUGAAGAGUUAAGAGAAUGGCAUAUUGUAGAUGAAAGUAGUUCUCUUGCGGUUGACUCUGGAGAUCAUAUAGAAAGAACCUCUCCAAUGGAUUCUUAUCCAUUGCAAAAGGAUGCAGAUAUUGAAAAGAUACAAUAUUCACCCGAGUAUGCAGAUAAAAUCACGACCUUUAGUCCUGGGGAAUCUGGACCGGUAAUUGGAAAAUUACCUGACUUGUCCGAUGUUUAUGAAAGAACACCUCCGGUUGAGUCAGAAGGUCGAUUAGAGAGGUUUUACUCCGUGUCGGUGGAUUUUGAAUCUUUUCUAAAGGAUGGAUAUUCCAAGGAGAUUCAAGAAUCUCUUGUUCCACAAACAAGUUGUUUGUCUUCUAUUGAGUUUGAAGAUCAACUAGAGAUGAAUUUACAGAUACCAGAUCAUGGAUUAGGUUCUAAUCAGCUACAGGAAGAAGUCGUUGUGCCUCAUGCAGAAAGUGAGAUUCACAAUGACCCAUCUACUACUGUGGCUCAAACAAGCAACAACGAAGUUGAUCAAAGAAAUAGCAACAGUACUACUUCUCAAGUCGAGGAAACAUCCCACGAGUCUCACUUGGAAUUCAGCUCAAGCUCUUCUAGCUCGAGUUCAAGUGGUACAGAGAAAGAUUAAAGUUGUGUGCACCGUUCCCUUCUUGUUUCUUUAAUGAUUUCGCUUCAUGACGUGUUCAGGAACAUAUUCAUGAAAACCAACUAUUCCCUGAAGCCCUGGUUAGCUGGUAAGGGCAUUUCUUUUUGAGUUAUGUUACGUGGCUGCUUUGUUUUGGAGAGUAGCAGCUUGGCAGUUGUACUGUUUUGUUCCUCUGUUUUUUUAUUCGACAUUUUUUUAAAAAAUUCUUUCUGUAAAGAUUAGGAUUGGCUUUGGAUGUUGGAAAGUCAUGUUUGGUAGUAGGAGUAUGCAUUUAGGUCACCAAUCGUGACCAUAACGCUGGUGGGUUUGUGGUGUAUUUUGUAAGUAUGAAGCUACAUUUGGUAUCUGAUUUAUUUUGGGGCUUGUAACUUUUGGAAGGCUGGUGUGUGUUAUGUCUGUACAGUUCAUUCUGGAAUAUAUCCAUUUUGAAGUUUGUCAUUCACACUUUUACUUGUGAUUUGAUAUUGAUACAAGUUUUGGAAUAUAUCCAGAAACUAAUAUAAAAGAUAUAUUAUUCAAA